AUGCCUCUCGAAACAAACAAGCCCGAUCAGUCCAACGUUGAAGGAGGUAAACAAAGACACUUCAACAAAGAAAUCAAAGACAUGGUCUCUUCCAUAACUCGCCGCGUAACCGGUAUUCAUAAACCCGGUUCGAGUCACCGCAGAGGUACCGAUGACGACGAACAUAGCGUGGGAAUUAUCACGCUUGCUGGAAACAACGUUGGAGCCACAAUGCGAAGCGAGUUGGACGAGAAAUCCAGUCCUCAAUACAGGAUUUCAGUCGGAGACGAUGAGGCUGAUGCGAUGAGUACCUAUGUGAACAGCAAUUUCCAAGCUGUUAACGAUUCGAUCAUGCUCGGAAGCAGCUACACUGCCAAUGAUCCAGGAGUCCAUUUGGACAUCUCGGGUGUUGGUGAACACGAGGGCAAGAAACCAGCAGAUAAGACAAGGAGAAGGGGAAAGGAAAAAAGAGAAGGAUUCCUCCCAAAGUGA